AUGCGAAUACUGUUUGGAUUAUUGUUGCUGAUAUUUUGCUUAACUGUGAGAGCAAGUGAUGAACGAUGCAGUGACGUAACGUGGAGGGGAGAUGAUUACAGUGGUUACGGGAGGAGAUUUUUUUCAAAUAGUGAAAAUUUUUUUGAAGUUGAUAAAACGUGGAUAUUUUGCUAUUCUCUGAAACAUGAUACGGAACCUAAGCUUUGGACCUGCGACAACGAUAAAACUCUAAAUGAAUUGGUUGAGAAAAACAAGCCUUUACAAAACGAAGUAGAAAAAAGAGGUUUGUGCAAUAUAACAGUAACUAGCCAAACGGGGGCGGACAAACAAAAAGUUACAGAUUUGCAAAUCGAACUUAAUAAGAAGGAAGAUCAAGUGGCCACUGUGCUACGAGAACAAGACAAAAAGAAAGAGGAAAGCGGAAAAUGCCAUCAUAAACUUACAAAAUUAAAGGAAAUGAGUGCAAGUAUUGAGAGCCUACAGGAAGAUAUUGACGAACAACAAGCCAGCAUCACAAAGGAGAAGAAACGAUGCGACAAAAACAUUACGCAAUACAUCGCCGGUCCUCAAGAGACAAGGAUAAAUGCAGCACUUGCUUCCCUCCAGGACUUAAAGGAAACGUUAAAGUCGUUGACACGAAAUUUUGAGGAAGGAAUGAAGAAACGCAGUUGCACCGCUUGCUCUGCCGAAACAUGUUACAGCACUCCCAGUGUAAAGGCGGAACUUGACAAAAUGUAUCUUGAAAACUCAUGGCUCAAUCUUACCGCAGCACAGAGGGAGCAAUGCCUUCUUGAUGAUACAAUGUUGCUACCAAUGUUAUCUUACAUGAGGAGGAAACCCUUUGAUGGUGCUUAUGCUUAUAACCAAAAUGUAGAUAUGAUGGAAAAACUAUUUGCACUUCUAAUUUCAUUUUUAUGCUUUUUAAUUUGA